AUCUGGUUAUGAUAAGACUAUGUAUAUUCAUACUGCCGGGUAACGGCAACUAGUUGACAAAGUUGGAGCUAAUUAUCUGAUAGCCAGUAGGCCGUUUUCGAAGUUAAAAAUAUUGUAUUGUGCCAUAGUCAAUAUAUAUCUCAACUCCCAUGAGCUUAAAGUGAAUAGAAAGCGGUAGGUCAUUGGCUCAAAAAGCAAGUUACAGAGGCUGUCAAAAGUUGGAAUAAAUAUGACCAGUCACACUGUCUUUUUACAACGGCACUUACUGUCUUUUGCAUAAAGGAACGAAGAUGAGCUGAAAUUUAUAUAUAUCCCGGGGAGACGAAAUCCAAUACGACGCGCGGCCUCUCGUCUUGUCAAAUUGCAGAUAGAUCAUAGUCCACGUUAUUGUUAAUUUUAUGUUUUGAAAUGCAACUUUGCUAUCUAUGCCAAGGGCGAGAGCCGCUAGCAGCCGACCGGAACGGGACAAGAGAAAAUGGCCGAGUCGCGGGCAACCGGGCGUAACAGAGUAAUAAUACCAAGUCGGGUAACUUUGAUAAUCGUGUUCAACUACUAUGGAUAUGGUAAUAUUUACAUCAAACAAGUGUGCUAUCUAAAUAUUAAAUUCAUUUUAUGCACCUGUUACUUACGUGGCAGAAUGGACAGACGAAAACAAGAGCUGCAAAUAAAUUGUUUAUUUCAGACUGAAACCUUAUACCUCUCAAUAGAAAUGAGUAUAUUUUAGAUUGGGUAUUUAAAUGUACCUAAUAUAGUAAAGAAACAGAUAAAAUGAAAUUUGUCAGUACAAGAGGCGGUGUUGGAUUAGUUUCAUUUGAAGACGCUUUAUUUUCCGGUUACGCUAACGACGGUGGACUGUUUGUACCGGAGAAUAUACCACAAAUUCCAGUUGAAACUCUUACAUCAUGGAAAAAUUUGUCAUAUGCAGAAAUAGUGGAAAAAGUUGUAUCGAUUUUCGUUACCGAAGAAGAAAUCCCCCGAAAAGAUCUCAAAAAUAUUAUUUCUUCCGCAUUCAAGAGAUUUGACAUUGAUGAAGUUAUAAGAGUCGCUUCUUUCGAUGAUCUUCAUAUUGCGGAAUUAUGGCAUGGCCCAACUAUGGCAUUCAAAGAUCUUGCAAUGUCUGUGGUUGGUGAAAUGUACCGGUAUUUUUUGGAAAAACGGAGGAAGAAUGUUGUUGUCAUAGUCGGUACCUCUGGCGAUACCGGUAGCAGUGCAAUAGAAGCUGUACGAGGAAAGGAAAAUAUUGAUAUCAUUGUUAUAUUACCUCAUAAUAGAAUAUCAAAAAUUCAAGAAUUAAUGAUGACAACGGUUCUGGAUGACAAUGUACAUGUUUAUGCAGCGGAUGGUUUUUCGGAUGAUUUUGAGAUCACAAUUAAAAAUCUCUUCAACGACGGCAAACUUGUAAAAGAUUAUAACUUAUGCAGCAUAAACUCAAUCAAUUGGGGCAGAGUAAUGGUUCAAAUUGCUCAUCAUAUAUACAUGUACCUACAAGUUGCUGAACCCAUUGGGAAGCCGGUUGAUAUUGUGAUACCCACGGGAGGAUGUGGUAACAUAGCUUCUGGUGUUCUAGCUCAAACAAUGGGUGUCCCAGUCAAAUUUGCAUGUGUUGUAAACAACAAUGAUAUCGUUCACAGAAUGUUAAGAAAUAACGAUUUCACUGUGGCGUCUGAAGUUGUUCAAACAUUGGCAUGUUCCAUGGACAUACAGAUACCCCCGAAUAUUGAGAGAGUAAUGUGGAUUUAUUCUGGUAAAGAUUUUCAGGCAACAAAAGAAAUUAUGCAAAAAUUCGAUACGAUGGGAUCAACAUCAUUACCAAAAGAUUUGCAUCAGAAGAUGAAGGAGAACAUUCGAACUGCCGUUGUUACUGAUGAAGAAAUCGUUCAAACGAUGAAAAAAUGUUGGGAGGAACAUCAAUAUAUUGCUUGCCCACAUACAUGCGCAGCAUUGGCAUAUCAUUAUGGAAUAUCGAAAUAUGGUACUAGACAAACUACAGGAACCAAAGGCAGUGACGGCACUCUGUCACCUUCAAUUUGUGUGUCAACGGCCUCUAUAUGCAAAUUUCCAGAAAUCCUGGCCAAGGCAGAGAUUGAAUGGAAGGAGGAACCGAAAAGGAUUAAAGAUCUGUUCCACAAACCUGCUAAAAGCAUCGUAAUGCACAAAGAAGAGGAUUGGGAACAGAUAUUGAGAGAUAAAAUCUCUUUCAUUUCUCAGGCGAGAAAAAAUUGAAUCAUUUUCAAACUUCAGUCUGAUUUUAUCCUGAUAAUUUAUUGAUAGCGUUUUCGAAUCCUAAAUAAAAAAGGUCAUUUGAUAUGUAGUCCAGGUAAAUAUUUGUAUGUUGAUAAUCGCACUGUUUAAGUCCCGGCUGUUAAUAAAAUCACCACAUAUACAAUCUUUUAUUUUGGUUUAAUUUAGUUUAGACAAACUUAACUAGCUAUCUUCCCUAUUCUUAA